ACACUGGGCCGGCGCACUGCGGGAUGAUGGUGCUGCACAGUGCUAUCCAAGCGGCUCGUGACGGUGACCUGACAGCCCUGAGGGGGCUCCUGGCUGCGGGCUGCUUGACCCAGGAGAUCACGGACCCCCAGGGAGCCACGCCUGUGCAUCACGCUGCCCGGUGCGGCAGACUGGACAGCCUCCACUUCCUGGUGGGCGAAGCCGGCCUCGCCGGUGACACGCGGGCGGCGAACGGGGCCACGGCGGCCCACGACGCCGCCGCCACUGGACACGUGGCGGAGCUGCAGUGGUUGGUGCGCCAUGGGAUUUGCGAUGCUAAGGAGCAGGACGACUCCGGGGCCACCGCCCUCCACCUGGCGGCUCGCUUCGGCCACGCGGCGGUGGUGCAGUGGCUGCUGUCGACCGGGGAUGGAGCAGAGCAGGAGACGGCCUGCGGGGCUCUGCCUGCUCACUACGCUGCGGCUAGGGGGGACCUCACCUGCCUGAAGCUGCUGCUCCAGCAGACCCCGCAGUGUGUGAACCGGCAGACAUGCCUGGGUGCCACGCCCCUCUACCUGGCCUGCCAGGCGGGCCACCUGCACGUGGUGGAGUAUCUGGUGAAGGACUGUGGGGCUGACGUCCACCUGAGGGCCCAUGACGGCAUGACGGUCCUGCAAGCCGCAGCUCACAUGGGUCAUUACGCGCUGGUCGUCUGGCUGACCUCCUUCACAGAUGUUAACAUCUCCAGCCAAGACAAGGAAGGGGCCACUGCACUGCAUUUUGCUGCCAGUGGGGGGCACCAGCGCAUCCUUGAGCGACUAUUGCGGAUGGAGGCGACGGUCUUGAAGGAUGGCUUGGGCGGGACCCCUCUGCACAACGCGGCUGAAAACGGGGAGGUGGAGUGCUGUCGGCUUCUGGUGGCGCAUGGAGUGAGCCUCGCCGAGCGGGAUAAAGAUGGAUUCACGGCGGUGGAUUUGGCAGAAUACAACGGGCACCAUGACUGCGCCAAAUACCUUUGGGCUGCCAAGGAAUGUUUCCAGCUGCCUACUAAGGACAGCAGUCAACCAGAGCUCCACCCCACUGAGGCAGGGAGGGAAAGGAAGCCAAAAGUGUCCUGGAGCCCCAGCAUAGCUGACUACUGCCUGGACGAGCAGGACCCCUGUAGCAGCAUGGAGAUCGGCAAGAAGUCAGCAGCAACAUCACGCCAUCUGCAGCUGGCAUCUACUGUUGUGUCAUCUUUAAAUGUGAUGAAGUCUUCAGAGGAGGAGAAGAGUCAAAUGUUGUCCAUUAAGUCGUUGAAACAUGCAGGGUUGACUGCAGUCUUCAAAGGACAAGCAGUGGACAAACUGGGGCUUCUCCCCGUAGUGGAGACCAACCUGAUCGAUAUUGACUCCCUGGUACCGACCCAUGAUGAGAAAGGCCAGCCCAUUGCAGAGUGGAAACGACAAGUUAUGGUGCGAAAACUGCAAGCUCGUCUGCAGGAUGAAGAGGACCAGAGGAUGAAGGAGAACGGAAGCAAGUGUACUGAGAUGGACAGCUGGAGAUACUCACAGACUCUUAAUGCUAUUCUUGGUCCAUUUGGGGAGCUGCUGACCGAGGACGAUUUGGUGUACCUGGAGAAGCAGAUCGAGAACGUCUCCAUGCAGAAGAGGUGUGAAGCCUAUGAGAUGGAGUUGGCUCGUCUAGCCGAAGAACUGAGAGCCAUCCUUCCGGCGCCCAUCGUGAACAUUACAGUCAACACACAGUUCAGGCAACCCGACGUGGGUGACCAGGUGCCUUUGCCUGUGUGGUGUAACCGCAUAUCAGGGAUCGUGAAAAGCAUGACUCUUCUCCUGACCAACCACACAGACAAGGAGAAAGAUGGUGCCAUCGGUAAAAUGCCCAACACUGAGCUGGCAUCUGUUUUCUCCCAAAAGCCCGAAAGGCCCAAUUCCUCUAGGGGACAGAGGGCGAAGAUUGAAAAGGAGAUUCAGCAGUUUGGAGUUUCAGUACGGAACCUGAGGUCCAACUUUGAGAGUCAGCUAGGGGGAGGCAUUAAUAAUGAAUCACAUACGCCGAAGAAACGCAGAAACCAAAUUAAGAACCAAACGGCCAACCAGGAGGAUGGCUUUAACAAGCGAACGGAAAAGCAGGAAAAUGAUGUAAACAAUUGGAGUCACAUGGCUGUUGAAGAGGGCGGCCAGCUCAAAGAAGUAGACCGUACCAGCGAUUCGGGGAUAAGCAGUGAGGAGACACAGGCAGAUGACCCUGGGGCAGUAAUAGAGACCACCAGCUUGCGCAAAGAACGGAUUGUACUCUUGUUCCUGGGUCACUGGAAAAAGUCAGCAUAUGCCAUUAGCCUGAGAAGUAGAGGAAAACCGGGAUUGACUUGUAAAGACACAACGGAAGGGGCAGAGGAAACUGAAAAAGAGCAAACAUCUCAAGAGCCACAGCCCACGAGAACCAUGGAGAAGGGCUCCUUGAGCCACCUCUUCAGGCAAAGGACCACCAUCAAUAAGAUGAUUGGCAACUGGAGGAGCCUUAUCUCCAGUGUUCCAUCCAGGCAGCUACAUCGCCUACAUCAGCAGAAAGUCACUUAUUCCCCUGAGCAGUUCCUGCCAUGUGUGGGUGGGACGCCUGUGGACUACAAUAGCCUGACCCUUGACCUCUUCAUGCUAGGUUACUUUCACAUCCUGGAGCAGGAGUUGUCGGCAGAGGAGAGGAAGAUGAGGCACCUGCUCUGCUUUGAGGUCUUCGACCACGUCGGCCGGUUCAGCUGGGAGACGGUGCGGGAGUUCCAUCGAGCGGUCCUCCAGGAUAUCGAGGCUGGCAGGAGAGAGUGGAGGGACGGCUUUGAGGACAUCAAGGCCAAGUUUUUCGGGAAUGCGCCAAGGCAGUUAGAGCUAUUGUGUGAGCCGAGUAAGCCUGAGCUGCCAGAACCGAGAGAGCUGCCCAAGGUCAUCGUGCAGACGGCCACGCCAGAUGAGGAUGACCUGAUGGGCAACCAUGUGGACAUUUCUUGUUUCAGCAAUGAUGAGAUUUGCAAGUACAUUGAUCGUAGUUUCGCUUUCUGGAAGGAGAAAGAGGCAGAACUCUUUGAUUUUGAGCAGUAGUCGAUCGACUUCUCUUCCUGUCUUUUUGAUAUUUUUUUAUGAUGCCUUAGCCUCUCCAGUCCUUUGCAAACCUUGACUGAAUGUGUCACAGGUGAAAUGACAGGAUGCCUUGUUUGAAUAUGGUUUGAAUUUGUGUGCCGCUUUGCUUGGCAUUUGGCAACCUGUUUUAAUAAUGCUAGUAUAUAGCUGAGCCUGUAGAUACCACGUUAUUGUUACACCGUUUUAUGAUUUGGCUGCUGUCUGCUUGUCUGCAGCCGUGUGCCUCUGUGGGGAUUGAACGUCAAGGUGCCGGAAGAGCAACAAAGCAUAAGACCGUAACAAUAACAGAGUAUUUAGUGAAUGUAUUUGCUGCAGAUAUGUGUAUAUAUGGAUUGUUUUGAGGUCAGAAUGGAAUUUGCUCAGUUGCUGAUUCUGACACAAGAAUAAUGAGAAGGACAAACAGACCGGCUGAAUCGCGAGUCUCCCUUAUGGAAAAUGCUAUUAAAACCACUGGCAGCUGAAUCAUUUGAUAACAGACUUAUCCAUCGAUGCGAUGGACUAGUUUUGUCACAAAAACUGUCACUUCCUGCCGUCGUCGGGCAGAAACACUAGAGAUCGAUGGUGUAGUGAUGUGUAUUUUCAGGCUGCGUUGGCACUUAAAAAUGGCUUCCAUUCAUUUAUCUUCAAAUUCUACCAUGGUUAAUAUUUUAUAUAUUACUUACUAGGGAGAGUUCAAUGUAAAAAUGACUGCAAAUAAAUUUAUUAAUGCAGCGUUGAAUAUAUCUUUGCUAUUCGUCUGCAAAAAUGACUGUUUUACUGCAUUUUUUUGGGGGUGGGGGUUAGGAGGAUAAUGUUGUGGGGGCUUCUACUGUAUGUAUUUACACCAGCUGAAAAAUGGAAAAAUGUAUUUUUAUUUUAUGUUUACUGUAAAUGAUUCACAUGGUCGUUACGAACCUGCUAUGAAUUACAGGCGCUUGAAGGCUCCCAGAAACAAUCGAGGUCCUGUUCGUAGACCCCGGUGGACCUUGGGAGUCACAGAAAAGUUCAUCCAAGCAGUUUCACUGUCAGGAAGCUUAAAGAAAGAGAGAAUAGAGAGGAGAUGGCCGUUCUCUCUGGAGGAAGUGACAGAACACCUCUGCUGAGGCUCUGCCUGGUCUUGGUUCGCCAUGGAAACAGUUGGGCUAACCUUCUAUUUCCAUAGCAACCACCCAGAAUUAUGUCAGGAGCCUUUAGGUGAACCUGUGUUUGGUGUCUAGCAGUGUUAGCUGCAUUAUAAAAACAGGUUGUU